GUCAAGCGAAGCAGAAAAUGCUCCCGGCGGGCGCAGGGUGAGCUCAGCCCGGUAAGACCGACGCCGAUGCUCCGGUCCUCGCGAGUGGAGCGAUCGCUCACCUGUGGACAUGUAUCGAGGUGUAGCGAUGACCGCAAACCACGGACCCGCGUCUUACGAGCCCGGUUUCCUCCAUAACGCCGCCGCUUCGCCGGUGUACGUGACGCCCACCCGGGUCACCCCGAUGAUCCCGGCGCUGCCGUACCUCCAGACGCCGCAGCAGAGCAGCCCGGUGUCCGCGCACUCGGGAUGGGCGCAGGCGGGCGCGGACACGGUCGCCUCUUACAACUGCACCGGCGGCCAGCAUCACUCUCCGGUCUCCAGGUUCACGUUCUCCACGAGCCCUCCGUUAAGCUCCGGGGUCGCGGCGGCGCGGGAGACGGCGAGCUACUCCAGCCCGCUGAACAUCUCCGCCGGCGGGAGGGAGCACUACGGUUCCCGCGGUCUGAGCGGAUCCUAUCACGGCGGAUACCCGGCUUACGUGAGCCCCAACAUCGGAGGCUCUUGGGCGGCGUCGCACUUUGACAGCUCCGUUCUGCACAGCCUCCAGAGCGGCGGAGCGCCCGGUGCAACCCGACACCACAAUUUAGAGCUGCUGGAUGAUUUCUCUGAGGGUCGUGAGUGUGUGAACUGCGGGGCGAUGUCCACUCCUCUGUGGCGGCGGGACGGGACGGGUCAUUACCUGUGUAACGCCUGCGGUCUCUAUCACAAGAUGAACGGGAUCAACCGGCCGCUCAUCAAACCGCAGAGACGACUGUCUGCGUCCAGACGGGUUGGUUUGUCCUGCACUAACUGUCAGACGACCACAACCACUCUCUGGAGACGUAACGCAGAAGCAGAGCCGGUCUGCAACGCCUGCGGACUCUACAUGAAACUUCACGGGGUUCCUCGUCCUCUCGCCAUGAAGAAAGAGGGAAUUCAGACCCGCAAACGCAAAGCAAAAAACAUCAGCAAGUCCAAACCUGGGUCAUCUGAGGGUCAGACGGUGUCCAGUGCUAUGAACUCCAGUCCCACAGAAGAACCGUGGCCCAUAAAGACGGAGCCGGACACGGCGUCACUCUACACACACCACAACACAUCGAUGAACACACCGGUCUCUGUGUUUCUGUCGUAUAUGGGAACUCCAAGCUCAAGUUCUGCUCUCAAACUUUCUCCAAGUGGAUCUUCCAGCUCCAAAAGCGAAGUGUGGAACAGCCUGAUUCUAGCAUAAGAAACCAAGAUCUUCCCGUGAAGGCGUCUCUCCCUGCAGAGCUCCGAGCAGAAGAACUGAUCUAUCGGGUGCCAGAACCAGCGAGUUUCAGUGAUGAAAUGAAGACACAGAAAUAUCUCCAAUGUGUAGACAAUCAUGGAAAGAUACUAAACGUACAGCGAGACCUUCACAUCAACAGAUCAGUAGAAAACCCUGGACCUGAUUAUAAACGUGCUGUGAAUCGCAGGAACCAAGACCCUUCAGUCCCAGAAGAUCACGAGAACAUUAUAUAACCUGAACGCUCCAGAUCACGGCUUGAUGGACUCAUAGCAUGUGCUUUACUCAUCUUUAAGACAUUGGUUUCAUUCAUUUUAAACCAUUUGAGUGGCAUUCAGUUGCUAUAAGUAUACGUGUUAGAGCAAUAGUUCACCCAAAAAUGAAAAUUUGCUCCAUCCGAGAUGUGAAUGAGU